CAGUGGACAGAGCCUAGCUUUAAUCCCCAGACAGCCACACCGAUGUGUGUCCAUGUGUAUAAAAGAGCAGGUAUGACAGGGUUCAGACACUGAGCUUCACUGAAGGAGCAUCCAGAUCAUCUCCACACACUGAAGCAACAUGGAGCCCACAGCCUCUCUCUCCAUUCUAGCCCUGCUGAUGCUCGGCCUCACCCAGGCUGUUCCUCUCAUGGAGCCUCAGCACGUGGACAUCACAACAAGAAUUCUGAGCACCAACAACGGAUCCAGGGAACUGCUGCUGGAGGGAGACAUAGUCUUACCAAGAACCAGGAACGCUCUGGUCUGUGCCAACAACAACUGCUUCUGGAAGAAGUCCUCAACUGGUGUAGUGCAGGUGCCUUUCACAGUGAGCGCCGACUUCUCAUCCACUGACAGGGCUGUGAUUGCCGGGGCCAUGGCCACCUUCCACAGCAAGACCUGCAUUCGCUUUGUUGACAGAAGCACUGAAAUCGACUACCUCAGCAUUGAGAACAGAGAUGGGUGCUACUCUUCAUUGGGCAGAACAGGUGGGAAGCAGGUGGUCUCCCUCAGCACGAGGGGCUGCGUGUACCAAGGCAUCGUCCAGCACGAGCUGAACCACGCUCUGGGCUUCUACCACGAGCACACCAGGAGUGACCGUGACCGCUACGUGACCAUCAACUGGCAGAACAUCGACCCUACAAUGCAGUACAACUUCAACAAGGAGAACACCAACAACCUCAACACACUGUACGACUACUCCUCCGUGAUGCACUAUGGGAAAACGGCCUUCACCAUCAACGGCCUGAACACCAUCACUCCUAUUCCUGAUGCAUCAGUGCAGAUUGGACAGAGAGUGGACCUGUCCAUCAUCGACAUCCAGAGGAUCAACACUCUCUACAAUUGCUGAAAUACACCCUACUGUGUCCCAUUCACAACUGAUCACAGCUCGUCUGGAGAUGAAGUGAUGAUCCUGUCAUCUUCUUAUCUCUCUAAAUGAUACACAUUCUAAUGGGAUGACCUCAUGUGGAAAACUGUCCAAAUUAAAUGUGUCAUUAUUGUGAAAUAAAAAAAAUCCAAGCAUUUUCA